GACCGGAUGUUCCGGUGAAAAACAGGGCAGAACAAAAACGCGCGGGCACGGCGUCGGCGCGUGCUCAGUUGAAGAUGGCGGCGUGGCUGCGGGGUGUCCACUGUGGAGCGCAGACGAGACCGGCGUCACGGUCAUGGUUCCACAGGUCUGCCAGUCGGCCGUUUGGUUCUGCUCCUCAGUCCGACUUUUUCCGUCCAGAAGAGGGCGUGAUGCUCCCCGCAGGAUCCUUCAGCAACAAAGUGGCCUUCAUCACUGGAGGCGGGACUGGUCUGGGAAAGGCCAUGACCACGGUUCUGUCGCAGCUGGGAGCUCAGUGUGUCAUUGCUAGCAGGAAGCUGGAGGUCCUGCAGAAAACCGCCACAGAGAUCAGUAGCCUGACCGGGAAGGAGGUUCACGCCGUCCAGUGUGAUGUCAGAGACCCGAAGGCCGUCUCUGACUGUGUCAACCAGAUAGAGGCGCUGGCGGGACUUCCGGAUGUGAUCAUCAACAAUGCAGCCGGGAACUUUGUCUGCCCAACAGAACGCCUGUCUCCUAACGGCUGGAAGAGCAUCACCGACAUUGUUCUGAACGGAACCGCGUUUGUCACUCUGGAACUCGGAAAGAGGCUGAUCCAGAACCAGAAAGGAGCCUCCUUCUUGGCCAUAACCACAAUUUAUGCAGAGACCGGUUCUGGUUUUGUUGUUCCAAGUGCAUCUGCAAAAGCCGGAGUUGAGGCGCUGUACAAGUCUCUAGCAGCAGAGUGGGGGCGCUAUGGCCACAGGUUCAACAUCAUACAGCCUGGACCAAUCAAAACGAAGGGCGCUUUCAGCCGUCUGGAUCCAACCGGCGCCUUUGAGAAGAACAUGAUACAUCGCAUCCCAACCGGUCGACUGGGAAGACCAGCAGAGCUUGCAAAUCUAGCAGCCUACCUGAGCAGUGACUACGCCAGCUGGAUUUCUGGAGCAGUGGUCCGCUUUGAUGGCGGAGAGCUCGUGUCGAUGGCAGGAGAGUUUAAUGAACUGCGGAGAGUGACUCCAGAUCAAUGGAAGAUGAUGGAAGCCAUGAUCCGAAGCACCAAGGGGUCCUAAAGUCUGAAGUCUCAUUCUAUACUGUGAUUUUCUGCUGCAUGGCAGCUCUGCCUUCAUCACUGUCUGAAUGUGAGUGGGAUUAUGAAGUGCUAAGCAGAACUUAACAUUAUCUUUAUUCCAUAAUGAUUUUUGUUCAUGUUUAACCUGAUUUAUAACUGAAGAGAAUAAAAUGGUCAGUUCCAGUCCA